AUGGCGAACACAGCGUUUACCUCGUUACUCUUCGCAUCCACAGCCCUAGGCAGUUCAUCCCUCAAACCCCGUCUACAAGAUGGACUCGCCCGCACUCCACAAAUGGGAUGGAACACCUACAACCAAUACAACUGCUUCCCAAGCGAAGAAGCCGUGAAACUCAACGCCGAAGCCCUGGUAGCUACCGGCCUUGCAGACCUGGGAUACCGCUAUGUCACUAUCGACUGUGGCUGGACUGUUGCAGAUAGACUGCCCGAUGGCAGUUUGACGUGGAAUGAGACCCUGUUCCCGGAUGGGUUUCCCGCGAUGGGGAGGUAUCUUCAUGAUUUGGGACUUCUGUUUGGCGUAUACCAGGACUCUGGAAUAUUACUGUGCGGUAGUCCGCCGAAUAAUACGGGGAGUUUAUACCAUGAAGAUAUCGACGCCAGGACUUUCGCCGAGUGGGAGGUUGACUCACUAAAAUAUGACAACUGCUAUUCGGACGCCGCAACAAACUACCCAAACGUCAACUACCAGCCCUCCACCUCCCCGCAACCACGCUUCGCUAACAUGUCCCGGUACCUCCAAGCCCAAGACCGCCCCAUCCUCUACCAAGUCUGCGAAUGGGGCAUCUCAUUCCCAGCAGCAUGGGCCCCAGAGAUCGGCCACUCAUGGCGAAUCGGAAACGACAUCACGCCGCACUGGCGGUCCAUCUUCCGCACGCUGAACCAGGCCGUGCCGCAGACGGAUUAUGCGGGACCGGGACAGUGGCCGGAUCCGGAUAUGUUGCUUGUUGGCCUGGAAGACGUGCUUACGAUCCCUGAGGAGCAGACGCAUUUCUCGCUGUGGGGGGUUCUCAAGGCGCCGCUGACGAUUGGCGCGAAGGUGGAUGGGAUGAGGGAGGGGUCGCUGGAUAUUCUGCGGAAUGAGGAUGUGAUUGCGUUUAAUCAGGAUGGGCUGGGGGUUAGUGCGGCACUUAGGAGGAGGUGGAGUGAUCAGGGGUAUGAAGUUUGGAGUGGCCCGUUGGAAGGGGGGAGGACGGUUGUUGCGGUGAUUAAUUGGAGGGGGGAGGAGAGGGAGAUUACCCUGGAUCUGCCGGAUGUUGGGCUGCAGUUUGCUGGAGGGUUGAGGGAUAUUUGGGCUGGUGAGAGUGCUGAGGAUGUCAAGACGAAGUAUACGGCGGUUGUGGCGGCGCAUGGGACGAUGCUUGUUGAGCUUAGCGAGACGCUGCCUGCUGGGGAGUAUCCAAGUGAUAUCUUUGCUGCGACGAAUGGUGGUGCGACUACCUUUGGGGCAGUCUAUGGAGUGACAUCCAGCCCUAACUACGGACUCAAGGUGACGCUUGCUCAGCCAUCGCAAGGUGCCAACAUAACCAUCACCACAAGUUCCAGCAACGCCCCAGUAUCUGUAUCAGUUCCAGUAGGAUCGUCUUCCAUCACCACCCAGAUCUCACUUGCAGCCAGCUCCAACAACACCGUCACGAUCCACAACGCCCCUGCAAUCUCCUCCAUCCAAGUCACACCUCCCAACUCUACAUACUACACCGGUACCAAAGAUUUCACUCUCUCCGGUUCUGCAGACACCUUCACCUGCCCAGACGACUUCUGCAUCCCCACCGGAUCCAAAAUCACCAACCUCGGCACCAACAGCAGCGCAACCGCCCAAAUCCCGUCCAUGGUCCAAGGCUCCAAAUAUAUCGAGAUCGACUACAUAAACAACGAAGUCGCAUUCGAUUCUGCGUGGGAGUGGGGGUCCAACUCGCGCAAUCUUACAAUUCGCGUAAAUGAUGCCGAGCCCGUCAGGCUGGAGGUUCCCCUGAGUGGGAGGCAUAGUGAGCUUUUUGGACCGGGGCUGGGGUGGUGGGAUUCAGCGCGCUUGGGGGUCUUGACGGGGGGUUGGAAGGUUGGGCUUAAUGAAGUUGUGCUUGGGAAUGAGAAUGGCGAGGGUGGGUUUACCGGGUUUGCGCCGGACGUUGUGGGGAUUAAUGUCUAUAACUAA